AUGGCUCGUGGCCCGACUGCCGUUGUGUCGAACCUUGUUGCCAACCCGUAUCCUAAGGCGAAGGAGCAUGUUGCUCGCAUGUCUCUCUGCGAGCUCUGCGACCGUCAGAUCCUCACCAAAGACUGGAACAGCCACAAGAACUCUAAGAAGCACCGUGCUGCCGAAGUUAAGGAGCAUGAAGAGCUAGAGAAGUCAAAGAAUCCUGGCGAUAGCUUCGGUGGCGAUGCUACUGGCUUCGGUGAUAGCAACGGAUUCAGCGGCAACAACGAGUUCGCGAAUACCAACAACGAGUUCGGCGGUGGUGACACCUUUGGCGAUGCUACCACUACAACCAACGAUGGCUGGGGCUCUACUGGCGACUUCACUACUACCAACACUUCAAGCCACAACAACAAUGGCGGCGGCGAUCGGACUUGCUAUGGCUGUGGUCAGACUGGACAUCAGAAGCGCGACUGCCCGUCUGGUGCAGGUGGUGGCGGCGGUGAUCGUGCCUGCUACGGAUGCGGUCAGACUGGUCACCAGAAGCGCGAUUGUCCCCAGGGCUCCGGUGGUCAAGCUUGCUUCAACUGCGGUGAGUUUGGCCAUCGCAAGACCGAUUGCACUCAACCACGUAAGCCUAUGGCUGGUGGCGGCGGACGUGCUUGCCAUAACUGCGGCGAUGAGGGUCACCUGUCCCGCGAGUGUUACAAGCCUCGCGUGAUGAAAUGCCGCAACUGCGAUGAGGAAGGUCAUGCGUCUCGGGAGUGUCCCAAGCCUCGCGACUGGAGCCGCGUCAAGUGCCGCAAUUGCAACAACUUCGGUCACGGCGAGAAGCGCUGCCCUGAGCCUCCUGCUGAGAACGCCGGCGGUGAUUGGGGCGAUGCUGGUGGUUCGACGGCUGCGGCUGGCGGUUGGGGUGAUGCUACUGUUGAGUCGACGGGCAACUGGGUGGACGAUACCAAUGCAGCGGUCGAUGUCAACACUUCUGCCUGGUAA